CUGCCUCCCAAGUGCCGGGAUUAAAGGCGUGCGCCACCACCUCCGUCUAGAACGGCGUCUUGUCCGGGCCACGCUGGCUCAUGGGACUGCCACCCCUCUGUGAUCCCUCCUGUGAGGUCUCUGGAGAGAAUGUCACUGACGUGAGCCUGCGAUGAGCAAGGAGCGCAGGCUGGCUUUGGCGUGCUGUGUGUGGUGACUGGGUGAGAUGGCCAAAACGGAUCCCCCACGACGUGAUUGGCUCUGGGAGGCGUAGGGUCUGGUUCCAGCGACCUGGGCUGGGGGCGUCUCUCUCAAAUGACAUCCACGGUCCCAGAGCUCUGCCAGCUCCGUGCUGGGCAAAUAAGCCUGGGGAGCCCCCGCCCCUCCCUGCUGAUCAGCGUCACGCGUGACGUCCCGCUGAUGGCUGGGAGGGCCUCGGCGAGCAGAGAGGAAGGCGGGUAUGCGGGCUGCAGCGGCUGGAAGUCCCGGAAAACAUGGGUGACUUGUCCUUAGACAUCAACAUUCAGGAGCCUCGCUGGGAUCAAAGCACUUUUAUGGGCAGAGCUCGGCACUUCUUCACAGUGACUGAUCCCCGAAAUCUGCUGCUGUCUGGGGCACAGCUGGAAGCUUCCCGGAACAUUGUACAGAAUUACAGGGCUGGUGUGGCAACCCCAGGGCUCACUGAAGACCAGCUAUGGAGAGCCAAGUAUGUGUAUGACUCUGCUUUCCAUCCGGACACGGGGGAGAAGUUGAUCCUCAUUGGCCGCAUGUCAGCCCAGGUGCCCAUGAACAUGACCAUCACCGGCUGCAUGCUCACCUUCUACAGGAAGACCCCGACUGUGGUGUUCUGGCAAUGGGUGAACCAGUCCUUCAAUGCUAUCGUCAACUACUCCAACCGCAGUGGGGAUGCUCCCAUCACUGUGCGGCAGCUGGGAACCGCCUAUGUUAGUGCCACCACUGGGGCUGUGGCCACUGCUUUGGGACUCAAGUCCCUCACUAAGCACCUACCUCCCUUGGUGGGCAGAUUUGUGCCUUUUGCAGCUGUGGCUGCUGCCAACUGCAUCAAUAUCCCCUUGAUGAGGCAGAGCCAUCCCCCCUGUGAUCAUGGACACUCUGGAGAAGAAAGACUUCCUGAAGCGCCGUCCCUGGCUGGGGGCACCCCUGCAGGUGGGACUGGUGGGCUUCUGCCUGGUGUUUGCCACGCCCCUGUGCUGCGCCCUGUUCCCCCAGAGGAGCUCCAUACAUGUGACCAGGCUGGAGCCGGAGCUGAGAGCUCAGAUCCAAGAGCAAAAUCCCAGCGUCGAGGUGGUUUACUACAACAAGGGGCUUUGAGGGGGAGGGAGGCCAAACUCUGUCCCCUUCCUCACCUCUUUGGGCUGCUGUUUUGCUAUCUUUGUCCAUCUGUCUGGUACUGGGCAGGGAGCUUGGCCGGGCAGCAGCCAUUGAGACCAGCAACCCGUUAGGCUGGGGCAGGUGCUCCUACAAGCCUUUUCUUUCCUCUCUGGUUUCAAAGAGCACAGUCACAUAACUCCUCCCUCUCAUGCUUGUGCAUUUACGUACAUACAUGUGCUUAUACAUUUGAUCCUGGACGCUAAGAGCAGACAUGCUGUUCCAGAAUGUGCUGGUAUCUAGCUUCCCUCCUCAGCCUCCUGCCCACCUAGCAGAAACCCUGGUGACAGGUGGGAUUUCCUUCCUUACUAUUCCUCCUGCCAAGUCAUUUGUGACUGUACCCUGCCCCUCUGGACAUAGGAGGAGCCCCAGGAUCUCAGGAGAGACUGAGGGACACUAGCAAGCCAAAGUGGGUUGAAUCCUUCAGGUUUCUGAUACUUGGCUCCCAAAGCUGGCUCAGGACCUAGGCUGGCAAAGGAAGCCCAGUUAGGAUCAGGGAGGCAGGAGGAUUAUGCUGCCAACACCCCACUCUCUGGAAUGGCUACAUUUUCCUCUCUUCUCAACUAGAACAAACAAGUACCAGGAGCCUGUACCACUCCUGUCUUAUGCCCCGCCCCCUCCACACACACUUUAGGGACAAUCUUUGGAGUUCUUAGGUUGCUGUCAUAUCAUGAUCUCAGACAGAGAUCUCACAAUCCCAGUUCCCACCCCAAUCUGGAAACCAUGCAGACAGAGCAAGUAUGCCUCUUCAGGAGCUGCUGCCAACCGUACCCACUGGCAGGGGGACCUGUGUGAGAAUGGUGCUUAAACUCCACAGGCUUUGAGUCUACAAUCUUGGGAUAUUUUCUGUUUUGUUUUUGAGGUAGGGUCUCACUCCAGCUCAGGCUGACCUGGAAUUCACUAUGUAGUCUCAGGGUGGCCUCGAACUUACAGUGAUCUUCCUACCUCUGCUUCCCAAGUGCUGGGAUUCAAGGGGUGCACCACCACACCCAGCUGGGUCGGGACUUUUUUUUUUACUCCAUUAACCCUUGUUAGACAUUCACCCCAUUAUCCCUUAGCACACAUACACCCUCACACACUCUUUCUCUCAGAACUCAGUGUUAGCACAUAUGCUAGGCAAGUGCUCUACCACUAACCUACACCACCCCAACAGACCUUCUUGCAUCUUGAGGUUUGUAGCUGACCGCUCUCUACCUGCUUUCUCCAAGGACAGGAAGGGUCCUGGCCUCAACAGCUGGACCAAAUAGAAGAUGAGCUUAGGGUAGGACUGGGUAAUGGUGACUCCAGAGUGUAGUUAGAUCGCAUGCUAACUCCCAUAACCGCUGACUGAGGUGGGUGGGGAAGAUAAAGGCCAUUUCCUGCUCUCCCUAGUCCCCACCUGUGGUAACAGCCAUUAUUCCAUGGUGUCAAUAAACUGAAAACUUGUCUACUU